AUGGCGUCGGAGGGGCCGCGGGAGCCCGCGGGCGAGGGCAUCAAGUUGUCAGCAGAUGUCAAACCAUUUGUCCCUAAAUUUGCUGUGGCAUGGUUAGAGUCUUCAGAAGCAUCCAUGUUCCCUAGCUGUGCAGCCGCGUACUAUCCUUGUGUUCAGGAACUGCCAGUGCCUGAGCAGACACUCUAUCCUGAAAAUAUGGCCUUUAGAGCUUCAACAUUUCCACAUCAGUAUUUACCUUCCGAGAUGGCUCUUCACCCAUACACCCCUUCUCCUUACACCCUGGAGUCUGCACACAAUAUUUGCCGGGUGCCUGGCUCCCAGUAUGAUUACAGCCGACCCAGUCGUUACCAAGGUUUCCAGAAGAAGCCACGGUGUGAGCAUGUGAGCCCUCUCUCACAAGACAUGAAAGCUCUGUUUAAGAAAAAAACAUAUGAUGAGCAAAAGUUUGCCGGUAAAAAGGCUGAUGGAAGUGUAUCAUCUGAUGUAAAGUCAGUGAGAGGCCCACACUAUUUGUCCUUUCGUGCUGACUCUAAUUUGAAAUCAGAUGGUUAUCAUAAACGAACAGACAGGAAAUCCAGAACCAUUGAAAAGUGUGGACCUGCCUCCAAACCUGAGUUUGAAUUUACCGGGUUGGAUUUUCCUAAACUGCAGGGGGCAGAGAACAGGGAGAUACUAGAGACACCAAAACAGCCCAAGUGGGGGCCCCUGCGCCCCGCCUCCACAGACACCCCCCUCGGGGGAGAAGUGGCAACACCCGCUCCGGGGUUAGAGGGUGAAAUAGUGGUGAAAAAUAAUAAGGCGACUGACUCUGUAGCUGAUAAUGCUGCUACCAAUUCCGCUCCAUGUACAGGAGAGUUAUCCUGGACGCCAAUGGGUUAUGUUGUCCGUCAGACGUUACCUACAGAAUCACCACCAGCCCCUAGAAUUGUUACUUCUGUGAUAAACCUAAAGACGGUUGUUUCAUCAGCAGAUCCUAAAAAUGGUAGCAAAUCAUCUUCUCAAGUUUUAUCUCCGGACCCUUCCUACAACAGAGAGAAACCCAUUGUCCACUCAACUAAAAAGUCCAAAGCAUCACAAGGUGGUGAUUCUGAGCAAAAUGAAGCCUCAAGAAAGACUAAGAAAAAGAAAGAAAAGUUUAACUCAAAAUAUGAAGCCCACACAGCACAAGAGCCGCCACGGAUUGAAGAUGCCGAAGAGUUCCCCAUUCUGGCAGUUGCAUCUGAAAGAAGAGACAGAGACAGAGUAGAGUCACGGAAAUGUCAAUCUAAGCAGCAGCCACAGAGUAAUUUUAAAAGUGGAAAGAAGAGCCAAACUCCAGUACAGUUGGAUUUAGGGGGAAUGCUGACAGCACUGGAAAAGAAGCAGCACUCUCAGAAUGCAAAGCAGACUUCCAAACCAGUGGUGUUUUCAGUCGGAGCCGUUCCCGUCCUCUCCAAAGAGGCCCCGUCGGGGAAGAAGGGCCACCGCGCCAACCAGGUGAAGACCCCGCACAACCCCUUGGACUCCAGCGCGCCCCUGACGAAGAAGGGGAAGCAGAGGGAGGUGCCCAGAGCCAAGAAGCCCACCUCCCUGAAGAAGAUCAUUUUGAAAGAACGGGAGGAGAGAAAGCAGCAGCGUCUCCAGGAAAACGCUGUGAGCCCAGCUCUGGCCGGUGACGAAGCACAAGAGACAGAGAGUGGUGACGACCUGGCCCUGGAGCAGGGCGAGCCCACAGCCCCACAGGUGCUGUGCUGUGACCUGCUUUUCUGUGACGCUCCGGGGGGAGCAGAAGCCUCCAUGUGGUCCUCUCCUGCGGGGGAGAACCAGUCAGAAGAGCUGCUGGGAGCGGAGAUCCAUAAGGAGGCGGAGACCUCCCUGGCUCCCGAGGGUGCCAGCUGCCCCAAGAUCCACAGCCGGAGGUUCAGGGAUUACUGCAGCCAGGUGCUCAGCAAGGAGGUGGACACCUGUGUCACGGAGCUGCUGAAAGAACUGGUCCGUUUCCAAGACCGGAUGUACCAGAAAGAUCCCGUCAAGGCCAAGACCAAACGCCGGCUUGUGCUGGGGCUGAGGGAGGUGCUCAAACACCUGAAGCUCAGAAAGCUGAAGUGCGUCAUCAUCUCUCCCAACUGCGAGAAGAUCCAGUCCAAAGGUGGAUUGGACGACACGCUGCACACCAUCAUCGAUUCCGCCUGCGAGCAGAACAUCCCCUUUGUGUUUGCUCUCAACCGCAAGGCCCUGGGUCGCAGUCUGAACAAAGCCGUUCCUGUCAGCGUGGUGGGCAUCUUCAGCUACGAUGGGGCCCAGGACCAGUUCCACAAGAUGGUUGAGCUGACAAUGGCGGCGCGGGAGGCAUACAAGGCGAUGCUGGAGACCACGCGUCAGGAGCCUGCGCAGAGCCCCAGCGGCGCCACAAAGGGCGGCCCCCCCGCUUCUCCCACGGAAGAGCCACACCACAUGGAAAUCUGGAGAAAACACCUGGAAUCGUACAGUCAGUGUGCCCAGCAGCAACUGGAAGAAUCGCUGGAGGCUUCAACCUCGCAGAUGAUGAACCUGAAUUUAUAA